AUGGUCCUUUCCACGCUCUUGGCCCGGAUUCCAGAUGGCCUUCCUCUCGCGGCAUCUGUCGAUGACGAACAAACGGAAACAGAUCUUUCAGAAUACAAACAACAAGCGAAAUUGAUUUUCAGGAGGUUAAACGAAACGAGUGAACCUCGUUGUAGUAUCGAGAGUGGGAAAUACACAUUACAUUAUGUCAUUUCCAAUUCUGUAGUCUAUCUUUGUAUCGCAGGCAAGGCCUAUCCUCGAAAGCUAGCCUUUUCUUACCUUGAAGAACUUUCAAAAGAAUUUGACCGAUCCUAUAGCACGGAAUUGUCGAAACCCAACCUACGACCAUAUGCAUUCGUCAAAUUCGACACCUUUAUUCAACGGACCAAACGUCUUUAUCAAGACACAAGGACACAAUCAAACUUGGACCGGCUAAACGAAGACCUAGGAGAGGUGACAAGAGUGAUGACCAAGAAUAUGGAAGAUUUACUAUGGAGAGGAGAUUCACUUGAUCGAAUGUCGACCAUGUCAUCUUCCUUGCGUGAUGAAUCGUUAAAAUAUCGUAAAGCAGCUCGUCAGAUUAACAUUGAUGCUCUUUAUAGGAAAUGGGCACCUGUGGGAGUGAUUGGGAUUAUGUUCGUUGUAGUUAUCUGGUGGAGAUUUUGGUAA